AUGGCAAAUACAGCGAAUAAUCGUGUAGUUCCAGUUGCUUCGAUAGAAAAACAAGCAUGGAAAUUGGAAGCACCAAAACAUCGACGUCGUUCCAUUAUUAGAGAAUUUGCUUUGAACACAUCCACUCAUGGUUUACCUGGUAUGGCACGUAGUGAAAGUAAACAUAAUUGUAUUUUUUGGACUCUUUCAUUUUUUAUUUUUGCUGCCAUUAUGAUUUAUUUUGUUACUCAAUCGAUUACAAAUUAUUUUCAAUAUCCAACACAAACAUCUGUAUCAAUUUUUGUUGAACGCUCACAAGUAUUUCCUGCAGUUACAUUUUGUAAUUAUGCACCAGCUCGUUAUGAUCUUUUAAUUGAACCUUUUUUGAAUUAUACAAAUUCCAUUAAUGCGACAAAUACAAACGACACAACUACAUUUACUGUAAAACAGGCUAUUCUUCUUCGUCAAUUUUUACAGGUUCAGCUCAACACAGAUCAGUCUAUGAUUGAGUAUUUCUUCUCUCUCGAUACAAUGUUAAUCGAAUGUUUGUACAAUGACCGAUAUUGUACGGCUAAGGAUUUCAUCGCAUUUUUAUCUUCUACCUAUGGUCGAUGCUAUACGUUUAAUGCUAAAACAAAAACAACAAAUGGAAGUGAUAUUAAAUAUACUAAUGAUAAUGGAGGAUCGGGAAAACUUAUUUUACGUCUUUAUGCACAAAGUCAUCUGUAUGUUCCAUUGAUUUCGGAAGAUGUGUCGGCCGGCAUGGUCGCUAUGAUUCAUGAUAAUACACAAUUACCACUCAUUGAUGUAGCUGGUCUUGUGCUUGCACCUGGAAGAAGACAUAAAUUAGGUUACAAGAAAAAGACUUAUCAAUUUUUAUCGUCACCAUAUACAGACUGUACAACUAAGAUACCACUUGCUAUGAAAGCAAUGUUCAAUGAAUAUGAAGGUGCUGAUUAUGCAUAUUCACAAGGUGUUUGUUAUACACUUUGUACACAGGCAUAUAUUUAUCAGGAAUGUGGAUGUGUGAGUCCUAGUGAAUGGUCAGCCAGAUCGAUUGUCUUACCUGGUACAAAUACAAUAAUUCAAGCACCUCUUUGUAACGCAACUAGCACAUGUUUUUCAACAGCCGCUGUUAGAAUUUCGAAGACAGCAUCGAUAUGGGAUCAGUUUUGUUCAGAUUGUCUUCAAGAGUGUUCGACUGCUGGCUUUACUGUUACAUCAUCUUCAAUAGCAGCACCAUCUGUUCAAUAUGCAUAUGCAACUAAAACGUUUCUUGAAUCACUCUCUGUACCAUUACCGACAAAUUGGACAACAAAUUGGUUAAAUGAAGUUCAAAAUAAUUUUAUUUCCCUUGAAGUUGUAUGUGAAUCAACUCAAGUAGAAAAUUAUACACAACAAGCAUCACUUAGUUCAGUUGACGUUCUUUCAAAUGUCGGUGGUCAAACAGGAUUAUGGAUUGGAAUUAGUUUCUUGUCAGUGAUGGAAUUUAUUGAAAUGCUUUAUCGUAUUCUUCGAUAUCAAUUUUAUAUUAUUUAUAGGGCUAUAACAAAUAAAUUUGCAAAAUAG